AACCGCUUGGCUGAGAUGAGCAAAAUACCGACAAACCUCCCCCGUGACUGCUCGGACGUACACUGGUACAACCCUAGUUCUCCCAGCGGUGUUUACGAAGUGUUCCCGACGCUGGAUGUCAAGAGCUCCGUGUCAGCGUGGUGUGCCAUGGGAGACCUGAGCCAGAAGGAGUCGGGGGGGUGGACUGUCAUCUUGAGGAGACGCAACACCACUUGGGGAUUACUGGACUUCAACAGGACCUGGGACGAGUACACCCAAGGCUUCGGCAAUCCUGGGGAAGGUGAGUGGUGGUUCAGCCUGGACGCCCUUCACGCACUCACCUACCGCCAGCCUUACGAGAUCCGGUUCCUUAUUCACGACAUCGAGCAAGGGUCCUUCGUGGCGCAUUAUACGACGUUCAGAGUCGAGGACGAGGGCCACCAGUUCCGGCUGAUCGUCGACGGCUUUUCGGGCAACAUCAGCCAGGACGCGUUCAAGACGAAGCACCACGGCCGCUCGUUCAGCACGUGGGACCGCGACAACGACAACUGGGACAAGGGCAGCUGCGCCAUCAACAACGGGGGCGGCUGGUGGUUCAACGCCUGCCACUACACCACGUUAACGGCGCCUUUCCCGACCUCCCAAGACCGGGACGCGAAGACCAUCCGCUGGUUGAACGGGGAGUCGUGGCUGGUGCUCGAUGACGUCACCAUCGAAGUCCGCCCGAAUAAUUAUGCGUUGAGGUUCAAUGCGCAUAAUUUUGAGUGAGAGGGGGGAGGGGAAGGAAAGGA